ACUUUCUGCUCCAGCUCCCGCCACCGCCGCUUCUAUCGUCGUCGUCGCCGCCGCCGCCGCCGCCACCACCGCCACCUCCUCGUCGUCGCUCUCCUUCCUCCUCCGCCUGGAAGCGUUGUUCUCUGCACCGGAGGAGAGAAGUGCUAUGUCAGGAAAGUUCCGGGAGGGACUGCAUGGGGCCAUGCUCCCUGGGCUCUUCCGCGGGCGCCGGCGCGCCGCCCUUCGCGUGAGGCAAAAGGACUCUUGUGGAAGAUGGAACUCAUUGUCCAUUUUCCAGAAUGUAUUUCCAAGCCCAUUAAUGGAACCUGAUACUGCUGUUCUGUGUUGAAAUGCUUGAAGAACACCUGCAUCUCUGCUAGCAUCUUCCAUCCUACUGAAACCAUGGUCUUCUCAGCAGUGUUGACUGCGUUCCAUACCGGGACAUCCAACACAACAUUUGUAGUCUAUGAAAACACCUACACGAAUAUUACACUUCCUCCACCAUUCCAGCAUCCUGACAUCAGUCCGCUGCUUAGAUAUAGUUUUGAAACCAUGGCUCCCACUGGUUUGAGUUCCUUGACAGUGAAUAAUACAGCUGUGCCCACACCACCAGCAGCAUUUAAGAGCCUAAACUUGCCUCUUCAGAUCACCCUUUCUGCUAUAAUGAUUUUCAUUUUGUUUGUGUCUUUUCUUGGGAACUUGGUUGUUUGCCUCAUGGUUUACCAAAAAGCUGCCAUGAGAUCUGCAAUUAACAUCCUCCUUGCCAGCCUGGCUUUUGCAGACAUGCUGCUUGCAGUGCUUAACAUGCCUUUUGCCCUGGUGACUAUUCUUACUACCCGAUGGAUUUUUGGGAAAUUCUUCUGUAGGGUAUCUGCUAUGUUUUUCUGGUUAUUUGUGAUAGAAGGAGUAGCGAUCCUGCUCAUCAUUAGCAUAGAUAGAUUCCUUAUUAUAGUCCAGAGGCAGGAUAAGCUAAACCCUUAUAGAGCUAAGGUUCUGAUUGCAGUUUCUUGGGCAACUUCCUUUUGUGUAGCUUUUCCUUUAGCUAUAGGAAACCCCGACCUGCAGAUACCUUCCCGAGCUCCCCAGUGUGUGUUUGGAUACACAACCAAUCCAGGUUACCAGGCUUAUGUGAUUUUGAUUUCUCUCAUUUCUUUCUUCAUACCUUUCCUGGUAAUACUGUAUUCAUUUAUGGGCAUACUCAACACCCUUCGGCACAAUGCCUUGAGAAUCCAUAGCUACCCUGAAGGUAUAUGCCUCAGCCAGGCCAGCAAACUGGGUCUUAUGAGUCUACAGAGACCUUUCCAGAUGAGCAUUGACAUGGGCUUUAAAACACGUGCCUUCACCACUAUUUUGAUUCUCUUUGCUGUCUUCAUUGUCUGCUGGGCCCCGUUCACCACUUACAGCCUUGUGGCAACAUUCAGUGAGCACUUUUACUAUCAGCACAACUUUUUUGAGAUUAGCACCGGGCUACUCUGGCUCUGCUACCUCAAGUCUGCAUUGAAUCCACUGAUCUACUACUGGAGGAUUAAGAAAUUCCAUGAUGCUUGCCUGGACAUGAUGCCUAAGUCCUUCAAGUUUUUGCCUCAGCUCCCUGGUCACACAAGGCGACGGAUACGUCCCAGUGCUGUCUACGUGUGUGGGGAACAUCGGACAGUGGUGUGAAUAUUGGAACUGACUCACAUUUUGGGUGAUGGUUGUUCAUUAUUGACAUUGAAUUUUCUUUCGCAUACCUUCUCCACUUUAUUGUUUUUUUUUAUAGGGUUUUUAUAUGUAUGUGUGUGAGCAGUGUAAAGAAAGAAUGGUAAUUAUAGUUGUUACCAAGAAUAAACAAUAGGAAAGUGAUUACAAAUAUUACCUCCAGGUUUCAAUAGAAACCCUCAAUUUAGGCUGAGGAGAUGGUUCUUUGGUUUUGGAGUUUUUCCUUGAUUGAUUUAUUUUCAUAGUAAGAAUCAGGAUUGUGCUUUAUUGAGCCUGCAGUUACAUUGAAUUGUAGGCAUUUUGUAUGCUGCUAAGGUAUGCUUAGUUGAGUUUAUCAAUACUUUUUUAUUCUGGAAGACACUGCUGCAUUUUGCCAUCACAUUGGAGCCAUAUGCCUCCAUCAAUAUAUAUUUAGUUUUAUUUUAAAAACUAACCCAAGAAGGUUAGUGACAUUUGAAAGAUCAUUACUAUUUACUUUGGUGCACUUUAAGAGACAAUGUACAAAUUAAUUCAGUCUUAUUUUUCAGAAUUGUUUCUAUACAUGUGCUUUAGGAAACGUGCAUUACCAUUUAUGGGAAGAUAGUUUAAUAAAUGUUUUAUCUGCAUGUACAGCUGUAAAAGAGAGAAUGUAAAAUGUAGACAGUUUUCUAAGCACCAUAGCAACUCUUCAGAGCAACAGGGAGAAAUUGAGGAGAUGGCAUUCUUGCAAAUUUAAAAGGGGAAUGUAGUGAGAGGGAUGGUGGGUGCUGGUGCAGGCUAUGGUGAUUCCUUUUACCCAAGGGUUUUUGUGGAGUAUAUGAAGAAGGGGUUGACAUUUAUGGGCACCUACUAUGUGUCGGGAACUGUGCAUCAUUUUAUCCUCACAGGUUGUGAUGUAGGUAUUAUUAUUUUUUUACAUAUGAAGAAAGCAGGUCUCAGAGGAAUUAAAAUCCUGCCCAAGGUUAGUGGUAGAGCUCAGAUCCAAAAACCUCUAGAAUCCCAGGGCUGCACUGUUCCACUGUGCCACGCAGACGCUUCAUUCAUUUAGAUGUCUCAUAGAGGGAAUUCUAUGCAUCCUUUAAUUUUUAGACUAAAAUAUUCUUUUUAAAAAUUAGCCUUUAUUUUCUUAUUACCAAAAGAAAUAUGGAAGCAUUACAGAAACACUGGAAAAUAGAAAAAAAAAAUCA